AUGGCCACCGACCCACACGAGCGUGUGCGCAGCUUGCAUUGCAGCUCGCGGCAAGGCAAGCGUCCCGCCCCUGAGCUGCGGCAGUCGCCUGCAGCCGGCACAGUGCAAGCGUUGACCCAGCACUGGCCACAUUGGCUCUACACGACCUUUGAGACUGACGUCGCAUCUGCACCCGUGAGAUUUGGACCGGACGCUCCACCCGCAUCGUCGUGGGUGCUGCUCCUCGAAGCCUCGUCGUCCCUCAUCCAGCUCGACGCUGUCGGUCUUGCUCGACUUCCUCCCACCUCGCAUCCCGCAUCUCGCAUAUCGCUGCACGCCUCCAACGGCGCCCGCAUCGAUCCUCGAAGCCCAGACAUUCGACGCGAGAAGAUACCCCUCGCCGCUGUACAGCUGCAACGCCCGUGCGCCGGACACCGUGCACCACCCGCUAUCCUCAACGCAAAGCGAAGUACACCAAUCCAUCCUGCCUAUUCGUAG